CCCCAUCCAUCACCCUUCGGCCAGCUUCCCCAGCGCUGCUCGUUCGUGCAGCAUGCCGCCCCGGUGCCAAUUGCUCUCCGGGAGCCUGUCGAAUCCUAACAUUCUGCUCCGCCGUCCCCAAUCGACGCAGCGCAGCUUCACCACCUCCUCCGCCCUCUGCAAAAACCCUCUCGCCCGACGACGCGGCGGCGACCUCGGCUCGCAUCUCCCCAAACAUGUCAUCCCCAAAGACGCCGACAUACCAGCAUACCCCUAUGGCCCCAAUCUGCUGUUCAAGCAAGCAAACAAGGGGCUCUACGGCAGGCAGAUGAUCCAGUUCGGCAAUAAUGUCUCGCCCGACACUGAAACAAAGACGCGCCGCAACUGGAAGCCGAACGUGCUCUCGAAGAGCCUCUACUCGGUCGCCCUGAAGAAGCGGAUAAAGCUACGCGUAACGGCUAAGGUGCUCAAGACGAUUGACCGCGAAGGCGGUCUGGACGAAUACCUGCUGAAGCAGAGCGAGCACCGCAUUAAGGAGCUUGGUCCUACGGGCUGGGCUCUUCGCUGGACGCUGCUACAGAGACCUGAGGUCAUUGCACGGAUGAGGGCCGAUGCCGCCGCCUUAGGCCUGCCCCAGGAGGAGAUUGACCUGCAGUGGCCGAACCCAGCCGCCGUCGUUGAACAGACAGCCAAAGCAGCUGCUGAGGUCGCGGCAGAACAAUUGACAACGGAGGAAGAUGAGAUCCGGGAGGCAACAACACCGACACGCAUCGAAGAGCAAAUUACAAACGAGAGAAGAAACCAGAUCCGCCGCGCCGAGCACGAGAUUACAAGGGAGGCUGCUGCAGAGUAUGCAAAGGCGCUCGCUGGAGCGAAGCGGUAUGUUAGCAGGGGCCUGGUCGAUACUGAGGAAGAAGGCAUCAAGCUGGCUUUCCUAAGAGCUCGGGAGCGAGCAGAAUCACAGCUCCGGAACAAGGAACGCUUUAGAGAGAAGCUUGCCGCGCUGUUCGGGCCCUCCACAGACGCAAAAGAUUUCGCGGCCAAAUUGCGCGCCUACAAAGAGUCGAGGAACGAAGAAAUUGCGGCUGCGGGAGGAUACGAAGAGUGGAGGAGUCAGUCUAUCACCCCGGAGACCGCCGCCCAGCACGCCGCAGAGGUUGAAAAAGCUGGCGGCCAAGCAGCGUGGGAGGCUCAGCGCAAAGCCGACAUGGCCAGGAAGAUCCAAGAAGCCGAACAGGCGCACGAAAACGAGACUCUUCCUCAGGAGGAACAGCAUUUCCUUGAAACUGCGAUUCAGAAGGCCAGGCGGGCAAUUGAGGCUAGUCAGAAUGGUGGAAAGCAAGCGUACGUGGAAGCGACGCUGGUAGAUUGGCGAGCGGGUGACGCCAGUAGAGUGAUGCCGCCGAGGCUGGAAGAAGAGUCUAAGUCGAAGGUGCAAGAGGUUAGCGGAGUCGAUGCGUGGGCGGCUUUAGCUGAGUCGACGAAGGUAGACCGAGACGCGAGACCAAACACUUGAAUGGGUCCUUCUUAAAGCCAUGUUGACCGGCUUCAUGGGUGUAUGAUGUAUUGGAGGCAUCUGUAACACUACUGUCUAAAUCUCACGUAAUGUCAUUGCCCGAGGGCAAUGGAGUGUUCUCUAAUCAAGGCCCUCACU